UUAGUCACGUGAUUUUAGGUACACCAAGAAAAAUUCAGAUCGUGAGGAGGGAAGUCAAGCAGAUCCUCAGCGUUUCUAACUCGUUUGUCGCGCCGUUGGUAGCCUUUCAGACCACUUUCACAUUCCCAGCCUUACUUUAGAUAGAGGAGAGAGUAUUUAGCGUAGUUCUAGCGAAAGUUUUGUCCGGAGAAGAGAGAACUGGAACCGGCAAAGUGUGGACGAAGUUGUCAGUGCCCGUCCGCGGUCUCUCGGUCGGACUUGAGUUGAGGAAGACCUGCGUCUCGCAACAGACCGUGACGGAAGUUUGCAGAAUAUCUUUCAUCUGCUAUGAGACGUGCAGCCUGAAGUCUUGGAUCGUGGUGCAGUCGUGAGGUCAGCAGCCAUGCGGGAGGAGGAUGUAGAGACAGCCAUCAAGGUUGUCGUGGUCGGCAAUGGUGCCGUGGGGAAGUCCAGCAUGAUCCAGCGCUACUGUAAAGGCAUCUUCACCAAGGACUACAAGAAAACAAUCGGGGUGGACUUCCUAGAAAGACAAAUAGAAGUGAACAAUGAAGACAUCCGGUUAAUGCUGUGGGACACAGCUGGUCAGGAAGAGUUUGAUGCUAUCACUAAAGCAUAUUACAGAGGUGCUCAGGCAUGUGUGCUAGUCUUCUCCACAACAGACCGCCAGUCCUUCGAGGCGAUAGAGUCCUGGAAGGGGAAGGUAGAGGACGAGUGUGGCGACAUCCCUACGGUUCUUGUACAGAACAAGAUCGACCUGCUAGAGGAUGCCAAAGUAGAGACGGAAGAAGCAGACACCUUAGCAAAAAAGCUCAAACUUAGGUUUUACCGGACAUCUGUCAAGGAUAAUCUUAAUGUUGACGACGUAUUCAGGUAUCUGGCUGACAAGUACCUGGAGAGGGUCCAGGCCAUGGUGGAGGAGGAGCCACAGACCAACCAGCCCAAGAUCGGCAUGUUCAACACUGUGACUAGCAAUGCCAACUCCUCAACAAAGAAGAAGGAGGACAAUGGGACCAUCCAGCUGUCGGGCCCCAACAAGCGCAGAACCCACGGGAAGAAGAACCCCCUCUCCAUGCUGGGGAAGUGCCAGCUGUUGUGAUGCCCUGUACCCCCCUCCCACACACAGGCCCGUCAUAUUCAAUGCUGCAUUCAGAUCAGAUAAUUGGAUAAUUGGAUUCUUAUUUUCCAGAGAGACCUCUGUGUACAAAAUAUAUCCAAGAAUAUUGGGCUCCUAAAAGGCUUCUCAAGGAACAAGGCUGCAACAUUUGCAUACCAAGCUUUUGUACAUGUGCUGUAAGCUUAAUACUAGUUGCUGUGAGAGUUUUUGUGAGGACCUUUUAUUAUGCAACUAUAAAACAAAAGUGCAGUUGUCCCACAUUUUGUACAAUGUACUUAUUAUACAGUCAUCUUGUAAUGUCUAAUUCUUUGAUUACAUUCAUAAAAACAGUUAUUUUUUAUUUGAAUUGAUUGUACAUUCCACAUGAAUGAAAAGUCAGUAGUUAUUCAGGUGUAAAUCAGACUUUGAAGCUGUGUUCAAGCAGCAUUGGGACCAGUUAAGUUUGUACGUUAGGUUUAUUGUAUGAACAAAAGUGACUUUAGGAUGUGUUGAGAGAAGCCUUACCAGUCUGGUACAGGUGAUUUCAUGGUGGACCCAGAUACUGCAGUACAAGAACCACACCUAUCUCUCCACAUCUUUCCCAGUUAUUAUGGUGGCAUGAUGGACAGAAAGGUAGACCCAUUUGAGCCUUGAGAUCAAUAACAUGAAACAACAGGCCCCCAAACAAUAACAAAACAAAACAAUGUUUUGAGAGAUUAUCCUCAAUAACUAACCUAUGACGUCGUGACUUUUAUCAAGCUGAUAGGAAGAUGGAAAAUUCUAAAAGUCUUCUUUUUGUUUGAAGUAACUAUACUGAGGAAAAUUUUAGGACCAAAUGAUGCACUUUCUUAACCAGAUGAAUUUUCAAAUUAUGCAUUUGCAUUGAUACAUGUAGUUCCAAAUGGAGACAUUCCACUAAUGGCAAAUUUCUGGUGAUUUUCAAAACACAUGACCCUGGUUGUAGUGGGGGUAUUUUGAUUGGCAGUUUUGUUUUCUUGUUCAUGAAUACACAGUGUUGAAAAAUGGCAGGUAAGCCUGACACUUUGUGGUCCUUUCCGUCCAAGUGUUUACAUAAAUUUUUUUCCAAGCAGUUUGCCAAUUUCACGGGAUUUAUUAAGUACCAAUUCUGUCAUAACAAAGAAAGAGUGCUUUGGAGUAUCACACUAUAUGGUACAAAUUAUUGCAGUUUUACAAAAAGCACAUCAAGUUUGGACUAUUCCACAUCACAUUUUAGGGUAAGGUGGAAACAAAGUCUUAAGAAGGACUCUGGGUUGUUGGCCUGUCCCUGGGACCAUUUUUGUCCAAAGUGUAAAUGUUAAAAAAAUGAAUGCAACAUCCUUGACAAUGAGAUUGUAAAACAUGAGGUUUCUCACAAGGAGGGAUAUAGAUAGUAAGGAGAAGAGAAAUCUUCCUUUCUUGUGUAAAGAUGAUAUUUUGAUAUGCUGUAUGUAUGUGGUGACUGAUUGAUUACUAAUGAACCCUAGGUAGACAAGGCCACUUGUGUUAGGAUGGUUGGCUGCAUUUGUCAGUGUUAAUCCCAUAUGAGGGUGGUAUGGGGGGGGAUGGUAAGUUGGCACUCAGGAGAUCCAGUUUUGUCACAGUUUCCUUUACUUCUCGGCGACAACUUGUGAAGUCAUUUACUGGUUAUGGAAAUAUAUCGUUCUUUUCACCUUAUGACCAUAUAUACAUGAUCAUGAAAAGUUUUAUGAAGCAAGCUUAUCCAAUCUCCACUCCCUGUAUGGAUUACACUGACAGAUCCCCCUAGAAAAACAGCUGUGUUUUUAAAAGUUUAAAUGUGUAAACAUUUGUUUUUAGAAUGUUUGCAUUAUUUUGUAACUAAUUCAUGGGAUGAUACUGAUGUAUGUACAACUACAUUUUAGGUGGCCACUAAAAAGUGCUACAGGACCUUUGUAAGAUGUCACAUUGGGUUGAAGCUACAGUCAUAGUAUUUGUGAUAUACCUUUGCCUGAGUUAAAACAGUGAAAGUUGUUCCUGAAUAUCAAAGCUUUAAUUUUCAUAUUGGCUCAUCAAAAAUAAAAAAGAUAAUGCAAGGACACCAAAGAGGAUGCUAUGGGAUGUGUUUUUUUUUAUUUUGAGAUAUAAAUUCUAUUAAGAUAAUGGUCCACAUAAUCUUACAUCCCAACCAAGGACUACCAGGUAUUCUGACUACCUGGUAUUCUCAAUUCUGCUACUAGUAUAUAGACUAUUAAAAAAGUUAAAUGAAAAAAAGACCAUACCCUUCAAUGUGAGGAUAACUUCUUUCAAACCAAUGUGCUGAAUUUCUUUGUUGGUCAAUGCCUCAUUUUCUCUGACAGCCCAAAGUGACAUGACUAACUCUUGGAAGUAUGAAAAAAAUGAUUUAAGAUCCAUGAAAUGUAUCAGAAACUUCAUGUGUGUUGAAAUGAUAACUAAGAGAGCAGGGCAUUGAUACCUUAUCAGGAAGAAGUGUGGUCUCCACCUGUGCCAUGUUAAGUGACCUGGCUUCAGCUAUGUACAUGUAGAUAGGAACUGUCAUUGAUUUUACUAUUUUUGCAGUGUCAUCUAUAGGUAUUUUACUCUACUGCUGCUAUUUAACUUUACAUCCCUGUACUAAUUGUACCAGUAUAAGGACUUGGUUCUGUAUGUUAGUCCUUUAUGCAAUGUUCUUCAAGUCCUGUCUGUCUGUGUCGAGGUGGUGAUUUUUUAAAGACCUUUGCCCUGUAUAAUGUUAGCCAUGUACUUUACAUCUGAAAUUCCAUGUUAUUUUACUAGGGCUAGUUUUAAGUCCAGGUACUCUGUGUUAAGAGAGUAGCACAGGCUUUGGCAAUGUUAUGGAUUUAAGAACCUAGGAGAAAAGAAGCCAUGACUUUUUUGAUCAAGUACAAAAAUGUACAUCACAUCGGAGACUAGGACUUUAUGCACAUGGUCUAAUGUGUUGAUUUGUUUGUAAGAUGUGAUGAGACUUAAAAGUGCACCAACUGUACUUGACCAACUGCUCAGCCCUCAAUUGAUUUUCUAACCACCUCUUUCAUGCUUCUCUGAAAUUGUACCAACACAAUGUUUCCUGUAUAUGUAUGUUAUGCCCAUUUUAUGUCAUGCAUGCAGCCAUUUAAAUGCAUUCGUAUUUCUGCAGAUUUUGGUUCAAGACUUAACAAACACAAGGCCUAUUUAGUUGCUGUAGAAUUGUAAAUUUCCAGCUUGGAAAUGUUCUUGUAAUAUAAUAACUUCCUGUGCACAACAUGCAUACAUCAUAUAUGAACCAGUGCUUCUUAAUUUGAUAUAGUAUGUGACUGGCUCUCUGGAGCCACUUGUUUGUAAUUAAAGAACCACCUGAUCAUUAGGACACAUGAAUACCACCUGUUUGAAACAAAUAUAUAGAUUUCUUAUGUUUUGCAAUGGACAUGCCCACAUUAUAUCUACAUGUAUGCUGAU